UGGUAGAUCUGUAGGUGAAGCGCACAUAUUCCGCGAAAAAUCCCGUGAACCAAGUUCGACGAUGAGUGUCGACGCUUACGACGGAACGACUGGUUCCCAAUCGCUGACCUUUGUCGAUACAGAGGAGAACUUCUUCGUAGGUGCAGAUUCGCAGGGCACGGAGUAUGAUUUUCGUGACUUUACUAUUCCGUCGCAAAGUCAAACCCAAGCCUCGCAGCUCGAUCAUCUUGGCGGAAGCAGCCAGGUGAACGGAUUCGGUCGUCGCAUUGGCGUAGAUCCGACGAAGCUAUCCGGAAUUACUUCCGCCAUCGGCGAACUGCAGUUCGAGGAGGAUGAGGACGAGAUUGAUCCGGUGGAGAAUAAGGACUUGCCUCCGCAUGCGUGCCGCUACUGCGGUAUACACGAACCGAGCACCGUGGUUAUGUGCAACAUUUGCAAAAAAUGGUUCUGUAAUGGCCGUGGAAGCACGUCUGGGUCGCACAUCGUGAAUCAUCUUGUCCGUGCCAAGCAUCGGGAGGUUACGCUGCACGCUGACGGCCCACUCGGAGAGACGGUGCUUGAGUGUUACUCUUGUGCCGUACGCAACGUAUUUGUCCUCGGAUUCAUUCCCGCUAAAAGUGACUCCGUCGUAGUGCUGCUGUGCAGACAACCGUGUGCCGCACAGAACUCCAUCAAGGACAUGAACUGGGACCAGGAACAAUGGAAACCGCUUAUCGCCGAUCGUUGCUUCUUGUUUUGGUUGGUGAAGAUUCCAACGGAGCAGGAUCAGCUGCGUGCGCGCAAAGUGUCCGCUGCUCAAAUCAAUAAGCUGGAAGAGCUGUGGAAGGAAAAUGUUGACGCAACGUUCCAGGAUUUGGAGAAGCCAGGCAUUGACAAGGAACCGCAACAGGUACAGUUGCGGUACGUCGACGGGUAUCAGUACCAGAACACAUUCGGGCCGCUGGUGAAACUGGAAGCGGAUUAUGAUGAAAAGCUGAAGGAAAGCCAAACUCAGGAAAACAUUGAAAUCCGAUGGGACACUGGGCUGAACAAGAAAACGAUCGCGUACUUUACGCUCGCCAAGAACGACGGCGAUAUGAAGCUGAUGCAUGGCGAUGAACUGAAGCUGCGCUACGUCGGAGAGCUUCACAAACCUUGGAGCUGCAUUGGGCAUGUGAUCAAGGUGCCGGACAACUAUGGUGACGAUGUGGGCUUGGAGCUGAAACAUAAUCAUCAAGCGCCGGUAGAGCGGACCAGUAACUUCUCGGUAGAUUUCAUCUGGAAGGGAACGUCGUUCGAGCGGAUGCAGCAAGCUCUACGCAAGUUUGCUAUGGAUGCGAAAAGUGUUUCGAACUAUAUUUACACACGCUUGCUUGGAAACGUGCGUGCUGAUGGUGCUGAGGAGGUUCUGUUUCGGUUGAAUCUACCCAAACAUUUCAGUGCCCCGAACCUUCCCGAUCUGAAUCGGUCCCAGGUGUACGCAGUCCGUCAUGCAUUGCAGCGCCCGCUUAGUCUCAUCCAAGGACCGCCCGGAACUGGUAAGACAGUCACUUCGGCUACGAUCGUGUACCACCUGACGCGUCUAAACGGCGGACCAAUUUUGGUGUGCGCUCCGAGCAACACUGCCGUUGAUCAGCUGACGGAAAAGAUUCACCGCACGAAUCUGAAAGUGGUGCGCGUGUGUGCACGAUCCCGCGAAGCGAUCGACUCGCCCGUCAGUUUUCUGGCGAUGCACAAUCAAAUUCGCAACAUGGCGCAGAAUUCGGAGUUGAAAAAAUUGCAACAACUAAAAGAUGAAACUGGCGAGCUAAGUCUUUCGGAUGAGCGACGCUAUCGAUCGCUGAAAAAGCAGGCCGAACGGGAACUUCUGGAAGCGUCCGACGUGAUUUGCUGUACCUGUGUUGGUGCAGGCGAUCUUCGUUUGCAGCGCAUUAAAUUUAAUUCAAUUUUGAUCGAUGAAUCGAUGCAGUCGACCGAACCGGAGUGUAUGGUACCGGUGGUGCUGGGUGCCAAACAGCUUAUCCUCGUGGGAGAUCACUGUCAGCUCGGCCCGGUGGUGAUGUGCAAAAAGGCGGCCAAAGCUGGAUUGUCGCAGAGUUUGUUCGAACGGCUGGUGGCGCUAGGCAUUCGUCCAUUCCGACUAGAGGUGCAGUACAGAAUGCAUCCAGAGCUGUCCCAAUUUCCGUCGAACUUCUUUUACGAGGGCAGCCUUCAGAAUGGUGUAUGCGCGGACGAACGGAAGCUGAAAGUAGAUUUCCCUUGGCCUUCGCCAGAUUGUCCUAUGUUUUUCCUCGUCACUCAGGGGCAGGAGGAAAUCGCCGGAUCUGGCACGUCGUACCUAAAUCGUACGGAGGCAUCGAAUGUGGAGAAAAUAACGACCCGCUUUCUGAAGGCUGGUAUUAAACCAGAGCAAAUUGGAAUCAUUACACCGUAUGAAGGACAGCGCGCGUACCUGGUCCAGUACAUGCAGUACCAGGGUUCCCUCCACUCGAAGCUGUACCAGGAAAUCGAGAUAGCCAGUGUGGAUGCGUUCCAGGGUCGAGAGAAGGACAUCAUUAUCAUGUCCUGUGUGCGUGCAAAUGAGCACCAGGGUAUAGGUUUUCUAAACGAUCCGCGUCGUUUGAACGUAGCACUAACUCGUGCCAAAUACGGAAUAAUUAUUGUCGGCAAUCCGAAGGUGCUUUCGAAGCAAGAGCUGUGGAACCAUUUGCUGAACUUCUACAAGGACAAAAAGGUGCUGGUGGAAGGAUCGCUGAACAAUCUGAAGGAGUCAAUGAUACAGUUCACCAAGCCGAAAAAGAUUAUCAACACACUAAACCCCGGAUCACACUUUAUGACCAAUGCUAUGUAUGAUAGCAAGGAAGUUCUCGGCGGCGGAUAUUUCGAUCGUAAUCCGGGUCCUUCAACGAGUUACGCAAAUAACCCGCUCGCAGGAUAUGGCAGCGGGAAUAGCUACCACCAGCAAGGAGGAUUUAUGGAUAUCACAAGUCAUGGCAGCAGCAGCGCCAGUGCUAAUACACCGCUUGAUGCGUUCAUGCGCAAAGUGCACGAUCCGAUUGGAUACAUUUCACCACAACGCUCGCAUCCUGCAGUCAGUAACAUGCCCGUACCGGUGGGAAUGUUCAUCAACAUGUCGAGCGCUCCGUCGCGCUUCUAUCAACAGCAGCAACAGGCAGCAAUACAGGCGGCAAAACAGACACGCCGCCCGGUGGUAGGAAAAACGGCCAGCCAACUGCUAGCUGCUGGUUCGGGAUCGACUUCUGUCGGCGCCAAAUCAAGCCGUCCUCGUCCAAUAGGUCCACCAAGCAGCAGCAGCAGCAGCAUCAACAGCGGAAUCAACCAUGGCAGUAAUAUGGCAGGCACAUCACUUACGCAAGGCAUGUCCCAGAAUAUGUCCCAGCCGGGCUUCAGUUUGUCUCAGCAGGCAGAAUUUUCGCAGGAUUAUAUGGGCGAUUAUCAGUCGCAGAUGGACAACAUACUGUCGCAAGAAUCGAACUAUCACAGCCAAUCCGGCCCUGGCGAUCGGCUAGCGUUCGAACUGCACUCAAGUUCGCAAUUCUCCCAACCAUACUGAUAAUGGACGAUUCGAGGGGAAAAUGUAAAAGCUGGAAUGCUGCAAACGAUGCAAGGCUAUCAUCCAAACACA